GUCAUCACAAACCUACACGGCCAACAGCUCACUAAUUAUCGUAUCACACACAUCCGCUCCGCUCCCUAGGCAUCGAUUGACCACUGCACCCACCAUCAUCAUCGUAGAGGUAUCGCUCCACGAUCAUCACUAUCACUUGAUGGAUGCACACCCAUGGACUGGACGGUCCACCAGGCAAAACCGCCGCUACGCUCUUCCUCCCUCCCCAAUCAACACCACCGACCCACGCCUACUCGCCCACUCGUAUCAGCUACCAUUCACGAAAAUGUCGCCGCGCUACGGUGCCAUCCCGGCCUCCAUGGCCUUCUCGCCUGCCUGCUGUCGCGCUGUGUCCCGCUUGACGAUCGCAAAGUUCUCCAGUAUCUCGUCGUCAGAGGAGUGGGGCCGCUGAAUCGUCACACGGAUGUCCCACCUUGUCGCCUCCGCCCUCACCGCCCUGUACAGCAUCUCACAGAUGCCCAUACACCGAUCGGCCUCGCCGCGGACGGCAAAACACCGCAGUGGGGGCCGCCCAUGGCCGCCCAGCAAACGGGCGUUGCCGUCCUCCUGGGUCAUGAUCAUGCGCUUUGCCUCUCGCACAUACUGGUCGACGGUGCGGUUGGUGCGGUCACCGACGGGCUGAUCGCCUAUGUGGAUGUGGGGGCGGUGGUGCAUAAACUGACCAACGGUCGUUAGCACGUCCACUGGCAGCGUGAUGCUGUUGGUGCGGAGGGGGAUGGUCCGGGUGAGGGAGGCCGUGAGGGAGCGGCUGGGGCGAAGGGCGUCGUUGAUGGUCCGCAUGGCCAUGCGGGGGACCGACACGUUCAGAAACGACCGGUAGGCGUCGACCAGCAAGCGCUUCCAUGAUGGCGUCGGAACCACGCGCUUCCAUGUUGGCGUGGAAACCACCACAUCCGGCUCGCUCAGACCGCCGCCACUGCUGUCGCUCUCCAUGUCAUCCCAGCCCCGAUGCUUCGCAGUCUGCAGAGGGGCCCGUUGCACGGCCCCUGGCCACGCGUCAGCCGCUGCCAGAGACGCGCCGUGCUCGAGCAGGUUGACCAGGACCUCGGUGUCUGUGCCCGCCAACGACUGGGCCACGGCCUUGAGCAGCGUGCGUCCAUCGCUGUUGGGGGUGUUGAUGUGCUGCGCGGCGCCGUGGUGGCACAGACGGUCAACCGUCGCCUCGUCCACACCCUCACCCUCACCCUCCCACUCCUCGUCUCGCCCACCACCGUCCGACAAGUCGAUAUACGCGUACCAAAGCGGCCUCUCGCCGUCCUCGUCGGGUGUGUUGACGACAUCCGGGCCCACCUUGGCCACGAAGUAGUCAAUGAGCAGCUCCUGGCACUGACUGUCUCGCAGCGGAUGCUGGCAGAAGCAGUGGAUGGGCUGCAUCCCACUGUCGUCCUCCUCUGUCAAGACCGACGCAUCGCGGUCGCCGGCGGCCUUUGUCAUCCGCAGCCGGGCCGCUGGCGUCAGGUAUUGGUCGUCGGCCACUGCCAACUCGCGCAGUAGCGACACUCCCACAACCCCGGCCCAGUUGCACUGUGGCUCGAGGAGGACCUCGAUGAGGUCCCAUCUGUCCUUCUCGAGACAGUACUGGAGGUUGUCUGCGUCUCGACCGGCGCCCGCAUCCAGCAGCACUCGCAGCACGCCCGCAGCACACACCGCAGCACGGUGGUACUUGGCCAGCAGUUGGACCAGGGCCCGCCGAUGGCCGUCUACCGUCACGGUCGCCUUCGCAUCGGCUCCUUGGCAGAAGAGGUGUCGUGCCGCUGACGCCGUCAUCUCCUCGCAGGCGACACCGAUGCACAGCCGCCGUGUGGCCUCGCUGGCAGCGUCGGUGAAGCCGAUGGUGAUGGGGCGUUCGUGUGUGGACGCGUGGAUCUUCACUGUGUUGGGCAGCGUGGUCAUCUGGCCGUGUGUGGUGGGCAGGGCGGUGAAGGGCGUGGGCGACUGGAUGGCGUUCAGCGAUGAGAAGGGAGCCUGAGACGCCUGAACGACCACAGAAGAUUUCCGUCCAAAUCCACUUCACUGGUGCCGCUCCCUCCUCACCCACCCACCUGAUGUGAGGGCGUCACGAUGACCCAUUUCCCUCCAUACUUGCCGAAGCUGUCCACUAUGAUGUGCAGCGCACCGUGCUCUCCGUCGGGAUCUAUGCGCUCCACCCUCUCAGGCGGAUACAUGGGCAUGCCGUCGUUGCCGUUGUCGUCUCGCCGGAUCUGCCCAUCUGGGGUCGUGAUGGCGUAGUUGUACUUGUGCUCUCCUGACGGAACGGCCACGCAAACACUCCAGCGGCCCUCCGUAGGUGAGGGAGGGCUCAUGGGGAGAGUGUGGUUGCCAAUCACCAAUGCUACUGCAUGGAUGCACGACGCAUCAGGACAGCGUCGUCCACAUGUGCCAGUGAGUGUGCUGCGGCGUGUGCGCGCGUGUGCGUCCUCACCUGAUCCGCCCCGUCUGACGUCUUUCACCUUCACCUUGAACUGGAACUGAACGAGCGCCAUGGGCUGCUGGACUGGGUUAUGGAGGACACAACAAAUCCAACACACACAGAUUCAUUGCAUCGUUCAUUCACGUGUUCAUUCAUUCAUCGUUCACAGCAAUGACCCAUACCUUUUCGGCAGCCUCUGCAGUCCCAAGUCGUGCCCAACUCCAACUCCAAC